CAGCUCUACUACCAUCUCAGAGCGCAGAUAGCGUUGUCCACAGACGCACACACAGACAUGCACGCGGCAGACAAGCAACUGGAAGAAGUGCUCAGAAGUGCUGUGAGUGGCGGUGGUGUGCGUGUGUUGGAGGUAUCAGAUGAUCCUAAAGAACGUACCAUAGCCCGCAUACUCACGCACAGUGUGAGUAUUGGAGUUAUCAGAAAGGCCAUGUUGGUUGUGAUGGCUUAUCCGCGGGACUACAUGCCCAUUGACCGAUCAAAGUACAUCGACAGUCUCCUGUUCGCAGCCGAAACCCCUGGGAAGAUCCAGGCGGUCCUGCAGGUGUUUCCGGGUGCACCUCUGCGAGAAAAAAUGAGCCAGGAAUGGACCAGGACAUAUGUAGUUACAGGCACGAGGCGUGGUAGUUACACAGACACGCAGGAAGACGCUGGGUUGAGCACGGGCACACAAACAGAUCACACGCACACAGACGAUACAUGCACACACACACACACACACGGGCAAACAAGUGGUGUACAGAGUGUGAGUAUACAAACGUCUGCUAGCAGGGAAGCACACGGUUGCUAUGACGACCGGGGAACCCACAAGAGUGCCGGUACGAUAUGGGAGGGCUCUGGCCAGGUUGUGGCAAGUGGGAGCAUUUUAGAACGGGAUGGGUUGAGAAGUGCGUCUACGAGGAAUACGAACAAAGUGGGAACGGGUGAAAAGACAGUGGUGCUAACAGACCAUGUGAUUGGCGAACCAUUGAAAUACGGCUAAGCCUUUCAGUACUAGUCAAUUAAAAGAGACGUAUGG